AUGAUAACUGCUAUUUUUGGAAUACUUAUGAUCUUAAAACAUGCUAUUUUUGGGAUCGAGUACAACUUUGAUGCUGAAAUCAGACACUUUGCUGUUGGAAAUGAGAAGAUUUACGUUUCCACCGACUUUCAACUCUACCAGAUAGGAUUUGAUUUAUCUGAGGAAAAGCGCAUAGAAAUAUCAAACCAUUCAUUUCCGAACUCACUGAAUCUCUUAUUGCCUUUCGAAUCGAACCAAACUCUGAUUGUGUGCGGAACUUCAGACUGUGGAUACUGCGAGGUUCUUAAUAUCAGUGAUAUAAGCCAGACUAUCUACAGAGAGAACAUUUCCGUUGGACCGUUUAAGCAUGAAUCAUCUGUUGCGUUUCUAGUGGAGUUUAAUAAAGCAACAAAGGAAACAUACAUGCUGACUGCCAAAACCAAGGUCACAGAAGAGCCAGAGAAAUACAAAAACUGUACAAACGAUGUUGGUGUAUUUUUACGCAACACUCUCCACUCUCAACCAGGUGAAAUAUUUUCCCGGAAUGAUGCGUCAGACGGGGCCAGCAUCACCGUUGCGAAAAAUGCAGUUGUUAAAUGGGUAGAUGGUUUCCAGACCUCUCAUUACUCCUACCUUUUUGGCAACGUUAAGUCCAGUUCAAACUUAAGAGCAGUUCUCCUUAGAAUGAACAACGACGUCAAAAAAUCACAUAUGAUUAAAUCUACGAAGGGCGCAACAUUGAGAUGCUGUCAGGACAAACAUCGCGCACAUCUGGUGUCUUCAGCACUUAUUUCAUCUGAUUCUUCUCUUGUGUGGACGGGAAUAUUCACUGCACAAGAAGCACAGAACCCAGAAAACACUGCUUUGGCUAUUUACAACAUCAGUAACAUCAGUCUAGGAGGGAUUCCUGCAGAGUUUACAUGUCAUCCACCAUGUACCAAGAAUGAACAAACUAUAUCUGAACAUGCUGUGGUAUUCAAGCACAAUUCAAUGACAGCUGUAGCAGCAGAAAAGAAAGAAUCCUGGACUGUGCUCUACAUUGGAACUGCAAAUGGCCAGCUGAUGAAACUUGUGCUUGAUGGGGCUUAUAGAACUGACUGUGCAACAGUGCUGUACAAAUCCAAUGAUGACAUGGUGGUGUUUCCAAGAAUGUACUUUAAACCGGGGAACCAUGAAUACAUCUACAUUGCUUUGCAAAAUCGAGCAAGAAGGGUGGCAGUGACUCAGUGUGCUACAAAAAGCAAUUUGAGAGAUUGCAUUGCCAGUGAGGACCCGUUCUGUGGCUGGUGUGUGAAAUUAAACAGUUGCUCUAUCCAAAAUAAGUGUCCAGACUCUUCUUGGCUGUCCAUUCCUAAUCAUUUCAAACAGAAAGAGCUGCUCUCUUUUCAAGUGGCUGUGGACUCUGAACAGGUUAAUCUGAAUCUCCAGCUUAACAUAAACAGCACACAAAGACCUUCCUUAACAUGCACAUUUGAGACUGGAAGUAACAUCCUGUGUAAUGCAACUGCAGACUUCCCCAAUUGCAACUGCAGUUUCUCCAGCAAACAACUGUUCCUUGAUGAAAAUGCAGUCAGAGUGAAAGUUUGUACUGGAGAGCAGACACUUACAGAGACCCUGACACUGAGAAACUGCCCAAACAUAAAUAUAGCAUCAAAUUAUUCGAGGUGUGCAGCCUGUGUUUCAGCUGGGUGUCAGUGGUUCCCCAGUAAUCAGACAUGCUCCUGGUCUGCUGUAUUUGCACCAAACAUUCACAAGCAGAACAUAUGUGAGGAAACACUUCUUGAGAGCACGUACAUGCCCAAGAUACUCUCCUUGAAGCCUAAUGAAGUCUCCUUUCUUGGCAAAAACAAUGCAAAAAUAGAAGGAGAAAAUCUGGAACUGGUUGAAAGAAUUCGCAUCCAGACCUUCACAAACUGCAGUAAGGAGGUUCCAGUGUUACAGCGCUCCAAUGACACUCUGACGUUCCAUAUUCCAAACGGAAAUAAAGAAACUGUAAACGUGUGUUUAGUGACAGUGGGUGGACGUUGUCAUAGCAAUGCCACCAUUACAUUUAGAUCGCUGCCCACCUGUAAUGAUUUGAAUCCUAAUGUCACCUGGUCCAGUGGCCAAAGAAAGAUCUUUGUGUUGGGAACCAAUCUAGAGUUUGUGGAUGCAGUUAUUAUUCAUCCAUCUUCUAAAGCAAUCACCCUAAACAAGACAUACAAGCCAUUUUGGUUCCACACUCAUGAACAAAAAGAAUUCAGAGAUGCUGGGCCAUUUAAUAUUUUAUUCCAAGUGGCAAACUCAACACCAGUAGUCUGUGCUGUUAAUCUUUCCUACCACCCAGACCCAGAAUUCAUCAGCUUCGACACCUCUAAAGUAGGCAACAUUGUGCAAGUCAACAUACAGAAAAAGGAAGACAAGUUGAAAAUGACUGAAGAUGACCUAGAAGUGUGGGGAUCACAAAAGGGCAAAAAGUCAUUUCGUUGUGUAAUAAAAGAGGCUAAGUCCAGUGCAAUUAUCUGUACAAUUUCAGUAAAUGAAAGUGAAGUUGAGAUCGACUCACUUAAGAUUGUGUUUGGCAGUUUCACCUCGGUGCUAAACAGACCACAGAAUAUGACAUAUUUGUUUACACUGGUUGCAUUAAUCAUAUUGAUUCUUGUUGGUGCUCUUGCUGGAGUUUUUAUCUAUCGUAAGAGUCAAAAGCAGAUGAGUGAACAAAUGAAUGAACGUCUGGAACUGCUUGAGUGUGACAUUAGAAAUGAGAUUAGACAAGGAUUUGUGGAUUUGCAGACAGACAAGUCAGAUCUGGUUGAAAAUGUUGGAGCUAUACCUUACCUUGAUUAUAAACAUUUUGCUAUGAAAAUAUUCUUUCCUGAGGGUGGGCCAUUAGCAAGUUCUAUAGUCAAAGACAUUGGUCAGGACGCAGUGAAGGCAGUGAUGGAUGAGAGAUGCCAGGCAUUUUCUGCACUGAUCAAGAAUCAGAUGUUCCUCACAUGUUUUGUGCAUACUUUAGAAGAACAGAAAAACUUCGGAAUUAAGGACAAGUGUACAGUGGCCUCUCUGUUGACUGUAGCUCUACAAAGUGAUCUGCCAUACCUUACUCAGCUGAUGGAGGUUUUACUGCAAAGUCUGAUGGAUCAACCUAACAAUGCUCAGCCUAAACUUCUGUUGCGCCGUACGGAGUCAAUAGUGGAAAAACUUCUCACCAACUGGAUGUCCAUCUGUCUCUAUGGCUUUCUCAGGGAGACAGUUGGCCAACCUUUGUUUUUACUGGUGUCCGCAUUAACGCAGCAGAUUUCCAGAGGGCCAGUGGACGCAAUAACUGGGAAAGCUCUUUAUACUCUAAAUGAGGACUGGCUUCUGUGGCAGGCGCAGGACUUCAGCACUCUGAAGCUAAAGGUUCUGUUUGCUGUGGGGACAGAGGGAGAAGUCAGUGAACCCCUAGAAGUCAACGCCCUGACAUGUGAUACAGUAGAGCAGGUGAAGGAAAAGAUCCUGCAAGCGUUCCAGUACAAGUUUGGCUUUCUAUAUACACAACAGCUUCAAGAUAUUGAUAUUGAAUAUGAACAAGAAGGAAGUUAUUUGCCAUUAGAGGAAGUGGACAGCAGCUCAGCGGUGCAGGGGGAGGUGACCAUGCUGAAUACGCUCCAGCAUUAUCAAAUCCCAAAUGAGGCUUCAAUCAAAGUGAUAAUGAAAAAGAUCCAUGCACCUCUUAGUAAACAGACAAGUGUGAAAGAUGAUAAGAACUUCACUACCAAGUAUUUUCACCUGAUUGACCCAGACAUUGACGAUGACCAAUGCAAACACCCAGAAAGAAAGAAAUUGAAGCUCAAAGAGGUUUAUCUGACCAAACUACUUUCAACCAAGGUGGCAGUGCACUCCUUUGUAGAGAACCUCUUUCAGAGUAUCUGGGGUAUGCCCAACAACAAAGCUCCCUUAGCACUGAAGUACUUUUUUGAUUUCCUUGACACACAAGCUGAGAAAAUGAAGAUCAUGGAUCCAGAUGUUCUACACAUCUGGAAAACAAACAGUGUGCCAUUGCGGUUCUGGGUGAACAUUCUGAAGAAUCCCAACUUUGUGUUCAGUGACCUAGAAAAGACGUCUCACCUGGAUGCCUGCCUGUCUGUCAUAGCCCAAGCUUUUAUGGACUCAUUCUCUCUCACAGAUCAACAAUUAGGCAAGCAUGCACCAACAAAUAAGCUGCUUUAUGCAAAAGAUAUUCCUCAGUAUAAACAGGAAGUGAAGACAUACUACAAGCUGGUGAGAGAUCAGCCAUCUGUGAGCAGUCAAGCAUUUAAAGACUUUCUGUCAGAGGAGUCAAAGAAGCAUGAAAAUGAGUUCAGUGAACCUGCAGCACUGCGUGAACUCUACAAGUAUAUGCAGCGUUAUUUUAGUGAGAUUAUUGAGAAGGUAAAGCAGAAGGAUCCCACCUGUGGACUGAAAGACGAGAUGCACCGAGUGAAGGAGCUUUACGAGAGCAUUAAUAGAAGUGCAUGGAUAUAAACUUCAGUCUGACUCUGAAAUGAAAAACCCUGUUGCAAUAAUCCCUACCUGUCUACUUUACCGCCUUUCAAGAAGCUAUAAUAUGUUUAUUCCUUUAUUAAGCAUAAACACUAACAAAGUGGCAUUAUUAAAGGUAAUGAUUAAACACGAGUCCCGAGGACACGGGAAAAGCUCCUGUGGUCUGGGAAUUGUUUUCAAUAUUUGUUGAUGAACUUAUUGGUUUGGUGAUUGUUCUGUGUGUGUCUUUUCGAUUGAAUGUUAGCCUUACUAACAGAGAUUGUACUUAAGUGUUUGUCAUUUUUUAAGGCUUAUGCAGUUCUGUUGGUUAAACACAUUUCAUAAGCAGGUGAGUCAGGUUAUGUAAAAAUUGUUUUAAGCACAAUAUGCCUUAAUUAGGAUCUCUCCACUGUAUUUUCUUACCUGUUCUGAUUGUGUGGUCUGAUUUCACCAAGGUUAGAACAAAUUUGCCUUUAAGUAUUGUUUGCAUACUGUAUAUUGUCAUUUACUAAAAUAUUUUUAAUAAAUCACACAUAACACAUUGAACUACUAA